AGGCGCAGAAUUAGCAAUCGAAAUAAAAGGAAUCAAAAGCAUCGAUCGGAAUCGCAGAGAGAGAAAGAAAGAGAAAGGGUUUGGUUUGGGCGUUGAGGGUGGUGGGAGAGCAAGAGCUAGGUAAACACAAACACCUUUCAUCCCUUCCAUUAUCACAAUUCACAGCAAAACAAUGUCUAUGCUAGCUGCCCCCUUCCAGCUUCUAGAAGUAAACGUCAUAUCCGCGCAAGACCUCGCACCCGUUUCCAAAUCCAUCAAACCCUACGCGGUCGCAUGGCUUGACCCGGAGCGCAAACUCACCACGCAAAUCGACCCCGACGGCCACAACAACCCCUCCUGGAACGAGAAAUUCGUCUUCCGCGUCGACGACGACUUCCUCACCGCCCAAGACUCCACCAUCAUGAUCGAAAUCUACGCCUCCGCCUGGCUCCGCGACGUCCUCCUCGGCACCGUCGGCGUCCUCGUCACCAGCCUCCUCCCACGCUCCACCAACCGCAAAUCCAAAAUCCGCUUCGUCGCCUUGCAGGUCCGCCGCCCCUCCGGCCGGCCCCAGGGGAUCCUGAACAUCGGCGUGAACCUCGUGGACGCCACCAUGCGCAGCAUGCCCAUGUACUCGGAGCUGAGCGCCUCCACCGUCGGCGACUGGGAGUCCUCCUCCGACCCUAAGAAACACAACCUCCCCCUCCCCCCCAGCCACGAACACACCGAUUACAAGCUCUUAACGCUGCAACGCUCCGCCAGCGAGAAAAACGACUCCACCAUCAACGACUACACCUACAACAGUAACAACUAUCUCCGACAGGACGACGCAGCUGACUACUCUGGAGGCUCUGAGCUUGGCUUGCCGCUAACCAAAAAAGGAGCCAUCAUGAACUUGAACGGCUCCCUCUGCUCCGAUGUGGGGCCCUCGCCCUCGGUGGUGGCGGCGGCCAUCGCCAAGGGGCUUUACCCGCUGCCCUUGAUGGCGCCGCGGAAGACGGGGGCGUUGGUGUUUGAUGGGUUGCCGGAGAGGGAGGAGGGGCUGAACCGGAGGAUUGACAGGUGGCAGGCGAAUGAGAUGCCGGCGGUGUACGACCACCUCGGGAACGGUGGAAAGAAUGUGAGGCAUAACGUUCCGGUGAGGGGUAAGAGUAUGAACCAUAAGCGCGGUGGUAGUCGUGGAAGUAGCGGUGGAGGGUUGUUCUCGUGUUUUGGAACUGCGAUGGGGUGUGAGUUUACGAUUACUUGUGGUGGGGGUCACCGGAAGAAGAGGUACGAGCCUAGUAGCAAGGCUCAUCUCACUGCUGCCUCUGAACUCACCUAUGAUGAAUCCUAUCUUUGACUUUGAGAUGCAUAAUUUAUUAAUAAUAUUAUAAAUAAUAAUAAUAAAAAAACAUGCAUGCAUGCAUGGGAUGGGCAUUGAGAAGUGAAAGUCAACGUCGGGGGAAUUUGAUUGAUUUGAGAUGCUGUGAAUUGGAAUGGGCAUUCAUAGUUUGGACUUAGAUGUAGGAAUUUUCCUUAUUUUGGAGAAUGUCUCGGGAUUUUCUUUCUUUCUUGACUGUAAUGAAGAGAUGAUGUAUGUUCACAUGAUUUAAUGAAGACUUACACCAUACGGGGUUGCAUGCUUUAA